AUAGGGUGUGCCCAUCAGUGUGCCCCCUUACAUUAGGUGUCACCAUCAGAGUGCAACUUUACAUCAUGUAUUACCAUCACAUCAGGUGUGCCCAUCAGAGUGCUCCUUUACAUUAGUUGUCCCCAUCAGAGUGCUCCUUUACAUUAGUUGCCCCCAUCAGAAUGCCCCUUUACAUCAGGUAUCCCCAUCACAUUGCCAUCUUACAUCAGGUAUCCCCAUCACAUUGCCACCUUACAUCAGGUAUUCCCAUCAGAUACCCCUUUCUAUCAUAUUUCCCCGGCAUAGUGCCCCUUUCCACAGUAUGUGCCCAUUUGUGCCGCCUUAAUAUAAAAUGGGCCCAUCGGAGUGUCCCUUAACAUAA